GGAAGUGGAAGUAAAGUGUAACUUGUUUGUUGGUUGUGAUGAGGUUAGGUGAUGCAAUUAGGUUUGAAUUCUUGUAACCUGUACUAAUUAUUUCGCCGACUCAGUGAACACUGAAUAUUUUAGAAUAUCAAGAUCUAUAUAAUUACUUAUACGUAUUUUAUAGACAUAUAUUAAAAUGUACAAUAUUAAGUGUGUGCAUAGAAAUUCUUCUGCUCUUGCCAAACAUUUAGCAAGAAACAUUAAAUUAGAUAGGACUAGUCUUUCGUUAUUGAAUGUCACAUAUAAAAACAUACCUUUAUCAUAUUCAAGAUGUUUAUCUGCUUUUCCUCUUUCUGUUAAACAAAACCACUUUGAAACCACUUGCUCCCCUAAUAGAAACUUGUCACAAUAUUUCAAUACCAGAAGCAUAAGAUCUUUUAGUCAAAAGUCAAGUUCCAAUGAUGAUGAUGAUAACAAAGGUAAUGAUGAGAACCCAACAGCUGGAGAAGAUUUUGCUGUACAUCAGUCUUUGCCUGCUACAGUUGCGGUUCCCGAAGUUUGGCCUCAUGUUCCUUUAAUAGCUGUGAAUAGAAACCCUCUGUUUCCACGAUUUAUUAAACUCGUUGACAUUUCAAAUCCAAUGCUGAUUGAUUUAAUUAGAAGAAAAGUAAAGCUAAAUCAUCCAUACUGUGGAAUUUUUUUGAAGCGGAAUGAAGAGAAUGACAGUCAAGUUGUGAAUCACGUGAGUGAAGUCUACCCGAUUGGAGCUUUUGCUCAAAUCCAGGAACUGCACGAUAUGGGGGACAAACUGAGAAUGAUCGUUCUCGGACACCGCAGGAUUAAGCUGCUUGGACAAAUACAAGACGUAGAGGAGCAUAGUUCUGAGAUGACCCUGAAGUUUCCAAUGUUAAAAACCGAGAUAAACGUGUCUGUUGAAGAAGCCGAUCGCAGCCGAAGGAAGUCUCGGAAUCGCAAAGUGAAACCGGCAACUCCAUCUGAAGUUGUGGAUGAAGUGUUGGAGGGGGAAAAGAGGGAAGAGAAUGCGAGCCCCCCUACUCAGGUGCUGAUGGUUGAGGUGGAAAACAUUGUUCACAACAAUUUCCGGCAGACCGAGGAAGUGAAGGCCCUGACACAGGAGGUGAUCAAAACUAUUCGAGACAUCAUUUCGCUGAACCCUCUCUACCGUGACUCGCUUCAGCAGAUGCUGCACCAGGGCCAGAGGGUGGUGGACAACCCUGUCUACCUGUCAGAUCUGGGAGCAGUGCUCACUGGAUCAGAACCGGCUGAGCUACAGGCAGUCCUGGAGGAGAUGGAUAUACCGAAGCGGCUGAUGUUAUCGCUGGCUCUACUCAAGAAGGAGUACGAGUUGAGCAAGCUGCAGCAGAAGAUCGGGCGGGAGGUAGAAGAGAAGGUGAAACAGCAGCAUCGCAAGUACAUUCUCCACGAACAGUUGAAGGUCAUCAAGAAGGAGCUUGGAAUGGAGAAGGAUGAUAAGGACGCCAUUGGUGAUAAGUUCCGAGAACGAAUCAAGGAACUGAAAGUUCCGGCUGCUGUGAUGGAAGUUCUAGAAGAGGAACUUAACAAGCUGAGCUUGCUGGAGAGUCAGUCUUCUGAGUUCAAUGUGACUCGAAACUACUUGGACUGGUUGACUUCCCUUCCGUGGGGAAUCAUGAGUGAGGAGAAUCUUGACCUUAUCCAAGCGGCAAAAAUAUUGGAUGAGGACCAUUACGGGAUGGAGGACGUGAAGAAGAGAAUUCUUGAAUUCAUUGCCGUGAGUCAACUAAAGGGUUCGACGCAAGGAAAGAUUCUCUGUUUCUAUGGCCCUCCCGGUGUCGGAAAGACGAGCAUCGCAAGAUCUAUCGCUAGAGCUCUAAAUAGAAAGUAUUUCCGGUUUAGCGUGGGAGGAAUGACUGACGUUGCAGAAAUCAAAGGCCAUCGACGCACUUAUGUCGGAGCAAUGCCGGGAAAAGUGAUUCAGUGUUUGAAGAAAACAAAAACAGAAAACCCACUAGUACUUAUUGAUGAAGUGGAUAAAAUUGGCAAAGGCUACCAGGGUGAUCCAGCUUCUGCUCUUUUGGAAAUGUUGGACCCGGAGCAGAAUGCCAAUUUCCUUGACCACUAUUUGGACGUGACCGUUGAUCUGUCCAGGGUGUUGUUCAUCUGCACCGCGAACGUCAUCGAUACAAUACCCGAACCCCUGAGGGACCGAAUGGAGAUGAUCGAUGUCUCCGGGUAUGUGGCAGAGGAGAAGAUGGCAAUUGCCAAGCAAUACCUCAUCCCACAGGCGAUGGAACACUCUGGGCUGAAAAAGGAGCAGAUCAAUAUUCAAGAUUCGUCUCUGCAGACUCUUAUCAAAUCUUAUUGCCGAGAAAGUGGUGUCCGUAAUCUACAGAAACACAUUGAGAAGGUUGUACGCAAAGUAGCAUUUAAGGUGGUGAAGAAGGAAGCGGACAAGGUGGAAGUAACUGCAGAAAAUUUGCAGGAGUUUGUUGGCAAACCUGUAUUCACUCACGAUAGGAUGUAUGAACAGACACCACCAGGUGUGGUCAUGGGACUGGCAUGGACUGCCAUGGGUGGCUCGACAUUAUUCAUAGAGACGGCGCUGCGUCAGCAGUUGGACACCUCCACGGAUGCCAAAACGCCGGCGAUAGCGGGGACACUGGAACUGACGGGACAUCUCGGGGACGUGAUGAAGGAGUCGUGUCGGAUAGCUCUGACUGUAGCUCGCAAUGAACUCUUUGAACUCGACCCCAAGAACAGCUUCCUGACGACAAACCACAUCCACUUGCACGUACCUGAGGGAGCAACGCCCAAGGAUGGUCCAAGUGCUGGGUGCACUAUUGUCACUGCCUUGCUGUCUCUCGCACUCAACACUCCGAUACGCCAGAACGUUGCCAUGACAGGAGAAGUCUCUCUGAGGGGCAAAGUACUGCCCGUCGGCGGCAUCAAGGAGAAGACUAUUGCGGCCAAGAGAGUCGGUGUAACCUGUGUAAUUCUGCCAGAGGAGAACAAAAAAGAUUUCAAUGACUUACCGAAGUAUAUCACGGAUGGACUAGAAGUACAUUUUGUUAGCCAUUACAAAGACAUUCACAAGAUAGUGUUUCAGGCAAAGUCGUGAAACUGUAUUGAAUCGGAGAUUAUACUGUGUAAAGUAAGGUUUAUUUAAUUAUACGCUAUAUACAAUUUUGUACAAAGCUUAGAAAGGCAACAAUGACUGAUUAUGUUCGUUGUCUGUUAAUGAGUAAAAUAUAUCAAAGUAGUAUAAAUCAA